AAGUAAGGUGGGCGGGGCGCACGUUGUCUGCAGUGUGUGGAGCGGAGUGUAAGGUGACAGGAGAGGAGACUGAAGAGAAGUUCUGUCCUUAGCUGCAGACAUGUCAUCUCUACGCUUCUCCGGCUCUUCUACGCCAUCACACCUCUCAAGCAGCUCCUCCUCUCCACCGUUUCGCAGGAUCCGCCCACAAGGCUCUUCCGUCAGCUCUAACUCGCCUCAUGCAGAAGACAGAGAAGUCGCGAUGGAGGAGGAGCCAGGAGAAAAUAUUGAUUUGGAGAGUCUGGAGGAGUUUUCUGAUGAUGAUGGAAGUGACUUUGAAGACACUCUGAAGAAGAAGCACAGUAGACCUAGCAGGGCUUUUAUUAAACUCGCCCAAGCUUCUAAAAAAAUCAGAAGAGAUGAGAGUGCUGCGAAAGACCUGUUUGAGGCCAUCAGAGGAGGCAAGAGCGCCAUUCAGGUUCUUGUUGAUGAUUGGUUGGACAGUUAUAAGAAAGACCGAGCAGCUGCUCUCCUGGAAUUGAUCAAUUUUCUAAUACAGACGUGUGGAUGUAAAGGUGUGGUGACCCAGGAAAUGUUGGAUAAAAUGGAGAAUGCGGACAUCAUUCGAAAGAUGACUGAAGACUUUGGCGAGGACUCUUCAGACUAUCCGCUGUCACUCAGUACACAGCCUUGGAGGAAAUUUUGUCUCAACUUUGGGGAGUUCCUGGAUAAGCUUGUCAUCAGCUGUCAGUAUAAUAUCAUGUAUGACGACGUUCUCAUGGACACCCUCAUCUCACUCCUUACUGGGCUUUCCGAUUCGCAGGUGCGAGCUUUCCGUCACACAAGCACCUUUGCAGCCAUGAAAAUAAUGACCGGUAUGGUGAAAGUAGCAAAGGAAUUGACUCAUCACAUUGACACAAGCAAGCGUCAGCUGGAUGUGGAGAGGGCAAAAAGCCCAGAAAAUAGGGCGCCAGAGAGGCUGGAGAAUCUGCGGGAGAAGAUACAAGAGCUUGGUUCAAACUUGGAGGAUGUCGGAAAUAUGAUGAAUUCUUUAUUCAAAGGCGUGUUUGUGCACCGCUAUCGUGAUGUCCAUGCCGAUGUCCGCGCUCUGUGCAUAGAAGAACUUGGAAUCUGGAUCAAAAGCUACCCCCAUUCCUUUUUGAAUGAUAGCUAUCUGAAGUAUUUGGGGUGGAAUUUGCAUGACAAGCAAGGACAUGUCCGAUUGCAGUGCAUACGCUGCUUGCAGGAACUCUACACUGUCCCGGGACAUGGUGGAAAAGUGGAGCUUUUUACCAGCAGGUUUAAGGACAGAAUAUUGUCAAUGGUUCACGACAAAGAGCCGCAGGUUUCUGCAGAAUCAGUAAAGCUAAUUAAUCUGAUCUCCAUGAACAUGGAGAAUAUUUUCAGUGCUGACGAGUGUGCAAGUGUUGACAUUCUGGUGUACACCACCAACCGUUUUGUAGCAUCUGCAGCUGGGGACUUCCUGUACCAGAGGUUGCUGAGAGUUGACCUGGAGGAGCUGAGUCCUGAUAGGAGGAAUCGUCAUGAUGCAGAUGUAAUAUUUUUUCAGAGAUUGAUGGCAUUCUUUAAUUCCACUAAUUUCCAUGAACAUGGUGCCUACCUUGUGGACAGUCUGUGGGACAGUGCCGGGACUCGACUAAAAGACUGGGAGUGUCAGACCGAUAUGCUGCUGAUGGAGGCUGGUUUAAAUGACCAGGAAGAAAGCCUUCUGAUAGAGCUGUUGGUGUCUUCCUUAAGGCAAGCUGCAGAAGGGACAUCUCCUAUUGGUCGAGUGCCUGUAAAGAAAGUUCAGUCCAUGAAGGACAGAAAGGCCCAUACCGAGGAUAAAGCCAGACUGAGUCGUCACAUGAUUGUCGCUCUUCCACAUCUUCUAGCAAAGUUCUCGGCUGAUGCGGAUAAAAUGGAAAGUUUCCUGAAGGUGGUGCGGUACCUAGAGCUGGAGAUGUAUUGUACCGAUCGGCUGGAAAAGUACUUUCAUCUUCUCCUGACCCAAAUACGAGAGAUCCUGGAGAAACACACAGACCCGAAGGUUCUGGAGAGCUGUUCCCGGGCACUCUACGCUUUAUCUGACCGCAAACAGACCUUGCACAAGAAGACAGACCUCACGGUCAGCCAAUUGGUGGACGGGCUCAGUGACUACUUCCUAAAACUUCUCCCAGACAUCAUGCAGGUGUCUGAUCUGGAUGAAGACGAUGUCUAUAAUGCUGCUGCCACAAUGAAAAGACUUUCGGCUCUGUACAGUGCUUACAAUCUUACCAAAUGGGAGCUGUUUGAACCGUGCUGCCAGAUUCUGCACAAGGCGGCAGACACCGGAGAGGUUCCUGAGCAGAUUGUCCUCCCAGCUCUUGUCUGCUGUUACUUCUCUCUUCUCUGGACUCUCGCCCAUCUCAACAACUCCCAACCAUCGGAGGAGGAGGUGACAGCUCUGAGUAAGAGACUUCACACAUUCACUGAGUUGUGUCAGAGUUUUCUGUCCGAUCUUAAUCGCAGGGUCAGAGAACAGGCAUUUAAACUUCUCAGCGAUCUCCUAGUGAUCUUCAAUGACCACCUGAGCCGCGACGAUCGCUCGUAUCUCCAGCCGCUUGUCUGCACACCUGACCUGUCUCUGCAGGCCGAGCUAGCUGGCUUCCUUGUCGAUCAUGUGUUCACAAAUGCUGCAGAUCUAGAAGGAGAUGAAAACGAACAAAUCGCUGAGCUGCAUAACAGACGCACGCUAUUGGCGGGUUACUGCAAGCUGAUUCUCUACAACACUUUGGAGUUGCACUUUGCUAGUGAAGUUUUCAAGUACUAUGUAAAGUAUUAUGUUCACUAUGGGGACAUCAUUAAGGAAACUCUUCACAGAUCCCGUUCAGUGAGCAAGGAGGAGAGCACCAGGACCAUCCUCCUGAGCCUGACCCAGUCCUAUACAGGGUUUCUUUUAGAGGAUGAUUCUCCUGAGUGUCGCUUUGCACCUUCUUUCCUUGAGAUUCGUGAUCUUGCAAGACGAUUCGCUCUUCUGUUGGGGCCGGAUCAGUUGAGAAAUCGACAGGAUAUCAUCCUUCUACACAAAGAGGGUAUUAAGUUCUCUCUGCGAGCCUCCACAGAUGCCACCUGGUCUUCUCAGAACCUCCUCUUCCUCGAUGUGCUGAGCGAAUUUUCACCCAAACUUCUUAAGCAGGACAAAAAAGCUCUCCUGAACUACUGUGAUAAGACCUGUAAGCAGUGCAUCCCUUCUGAUCAGGAGUACAGAGAUGAGGCCAGUGACAUGUGGGCGCCCCUUCACGCCUACAAGAAAUCUCUCAGCACCGACGGUGAACCAGGAACCACCACUCCCAGCCAUGCAAGAGGCCGCCGAGGAAAGGACAGCAAGUCAGCCAGAGUGCCCAGGGUCUCACCGCACAGAAAGAAGAGAAGAACUGACAGGGAUGACUUUGAAGAUUCCAGCAGUAUUAUGGGUGAAGAGGAGCCCAGAGGCGCACCAAUACUCACCUCCACAAUGGUGCAAGAGAGGAGUGAAGCUUCAAGUCCAGCAAGAGAAAAAGAGACCGAUGGAUCCGACUCGGAUUUCGAUAUGAGUGGAUCUUUUAAGAUUCGUCGCCCUGUGCAAACACCGAGACCUCAGAGAGGAGCAUCCACCGCACUGCCCAGCAUCAUGCACAGUCUCAGCCUGAUGGAAGAAGAUCUGAUGGAAGAGGAUGAAGAGAUGGUGAUAGAAGAUGUACAGAGCAGUGCCGAGUCAGCUGGAGAGGAGCUUCUUCCUGACUUGUUGGAUUCCGCCCUGCUGGAUAAUGAAGAGUGACAGAAUACUGUUCUCUACAUGCUGCGCUUCCAUGUCUCUGUAUGGUGACACGUAUCCACUGUGACAGAGACAUCCUGCACCAAGGUACACACGGAGCGCAGUGACGCGUUUCAU